AUGCUUGUUCGUUUUAUCUUCAUUUAUACGGUUGCUAUUAUUGGUGUGACGACGAAUGGAUUAGGGCUUACUCAACUAGGAAGAUGUAUUAUGUCCGAAUCAGCAUCGGGUAAUAGAGCUGAACAUAUAGCUAUGGGUUUUGCUUGUCCACGCAAUCCAAAUCAUCUUUCAAAUAUAUUUCCAAAUCCUGACAUAACUCGUAUAGCUCAAGACAUCAACGCACAUAGAUUAAGUGAUCCAACCCAGGGUGCAAAUCGAUGGUAUUCACCUCGUUUAAUGCCUCAGGAGAACGAAUCUGCAAAAUGUCGAGGUCCUAUUGGUUCAGGUAGUAUAGACUGCGGUGGAGGAUUAGAAACUCAAUGUGGUACCAGCAGAAAUUAUAAACCUAGUUGGGCUACAGCAGACAAAUACAUCAUUAUUGGUGAUGUUCGCCCUUGUUAUUACAAAUUUUAUAAAAUCUAA